AUGACAUGGGCCCUCUCUUUAUUGCUCAAUAACAAGGAAGCCUCAAGAAGGUCCAGCAAAAACUCAGACACCCAGAUCGGGAAGGACAGGCAAGUGAAUCAAUCGGACCUCAACAACCUACCUUACCUGCAUACUGUCAUCAAGGAAACCUUAAGGCUCUACCCUGCCGCACCCCUAUCCCUCCCUCAUGAGGCCAUGGAGGAUUGUAAUGUCUCGAGGUUCCUGACCACCCACAAGGACAUCGAUGUUAGGGGACAAAACUUCGAGCUUAUACCUAUUGGGAGCGGGAGGAGGAUGUGCGCUAGAAGCUCACUAGCCUUCCAAGUGGUAGGCCUUGCCCUCACUUCUUUUCUUCAUGCUUUCGAUGUUCAGACGUCAGGGGAUGGGGUAGUUGACAUGGAGGAAGCUGUGGGACUAAUCAAUCUCAAGGCCACCCCUCUCGAAGUUCUCCCCACUCCUCGUGUUCCGGGACAUGUGUAUAAUGAGUGCGGCAUCACAAAUCAUCGUGUGACUUGUCUGCCCAAGACUUUUGGGCAGACGAAUCAUUCUAUCUCGUGA